AUGGAUCUUCCCCCGCAGGAAUGUAGGGUGACCCGGAGGAGGUGUGACAGCACAGCAUCAGUGCCACAGUUCUGCAACUCUCCCACCGUGAUCGUUAUGGUGGGCCUGCCAGCCAGAGGGAAGACCUACAUCUCCAAGAAGCUCACCCGUUAUCUGAACUGGAUCGGAGUUCCCACGAAAACGUUUAAUGUCGGCCAGUAUCGCCGGCAGGCCGUCAAAACCUAUGAGAACUUUGAGUUCUUUAAACCCGACAAUGAGGAGGCCAUGAGUAUCCGCAAGGCCUGUGCAGCUGCUGCCCUCAAAGAUGUUGCUGCCUACUUCACACAGGAACAAGGACAAGUGGCGGUUUUUGAUGCCACUAACACCACCAGGGAGAGAAGAGCAGUCAUCAAUAGAUUUGCCAAGGAACGAGGCUACAAGGUUUUCUUUGUGGAGUCCAUCUGUGAAGACCCAGAUAUAAUAGUAGAGAAUGUCAAGCAAGUGAAAUUUGGCAGUCCGGAUUAUGUGAAUCGCAGCAUGGAGGAAGCCAUAGAAGAUUUUCUUCAGCGCAUUGAGUGUUACAAGUCCAGCUACAUGCCCAUAGAUGACGAAAAAGACAGAAAGCUCUCCUACAUUAAGAUCUAUGAAGUGGGCAAAAGGUACCUGGUGAAUCGAGUGCAGGACCACAUCCAGAGUAGGAUCGUCUACUACCUCAUGAACAUCCAUGUUACUCCAAGGUCCAUCUAUUUGAGCCGCCAUGGGGAGAGUGAAUUUAAUCUUUUAGGUCGGAUCGGCGGAGACUCUGGUUUGUCCACCAGCGGACAAGAAUAUGCUGUUGCUUUGAAAAACUUCAUCCAGAGUCAGACAAUUAAGGAUCUGAAGGUGUGGACUAGUCACAUGAAGAGAACCAUCCAGACUGCACAAGCACUGGGGGUUCAGUAUGAGCAGUGGAAAGCUCUCAAUGAGAUAGACGCUGGUGUGUGUGAGGAAUUAACAUAUGAGGAGAUUCAGGAGAAUUUCCCAGAGGAAUUUGCACUGAGGGACCAGGACAAGUUUCGGUAUCGUUACCAAAAGGGUGAGUCCUAUGAGGACCUUGUCCAUCGCCUGGAACCAGUCAUCAUGGAGUUGGAAAGGCAAGAGAAUGUUCUUGUCAUCUGCCACCAAGCUGCCAUGCGCUGCCUCCUUGCCUACUUUCUAGACAAACCAUCAGAUGAGCUCCCUUAUCUCAGAUGUCCUCUUCACACGGUCUUUAAACUCACACCAAUAGCUUAUGGGUGUAAAGUUGAGCCCUUCUACCUCAAUAUUGAGGCAAUCAACACACACAGAGAGAAACCUGUGAAUGUAGACGUCCACAGGAACCCGGAUGAAGCUCUGCAGACUGUUCCUGACCACGUUUGAACAAUGUUGAGUGCAAACAGAAAAGGAACCAAGUCGUGAUGCUGCUGACGCCUAUGAAGAUGUCCUGGCACGCAGGCCAUACUGGUAUAUGAUGGAAGGUGAUUGUGGGAGAAUUCUAUGAUUAGGACCAUUCCCCAAAUUAGUGUUAUUUGCUAGUUGUAACUCUCUAAAAAUAAACUUAAACACAACUAUUUUCUAAACAAUUAACAUAUUGCAUUAUUCCAAAUGUGUAUUGUUCAUUUUUGUAAAAGCCUCAGGUGACAUUUGCGUAACAGAACAGAAAGUAACAGAAGUGAGUUUUUAGCAUCGAAUUUGCAAAUACAUUAAAUAGCCAAUAGCACGGUGACAGUGAGCACAUUACAGUAAUUCGACAAACAUUUUUGAAAAUAAACCAAGAAUAUGAAAAUAAUAAUAAUUUAUGUGACAUCUAUUGUGCUGAGAUUUUACCUUCUUCACCAGUCAUAGUUGAAAUGUCAUAGAAUAUACAGAAAAUGAAAUGAGUGAACAUACUUUUGGCCUUUCAUUGGCUUGCAGAGGAACUGAAUGAUGCAACUCCCUGUGGACCAUGUGACUUGUGGAAUAUUCCACGUUUUUUAGAAGUGUGUUAAAGUAACAAAACUGAGUGAAACCCAGCAACACAACUAAAGUGUAUAUUUGAUACUUUUUUUUUUUAAGAAAUACAUAUUAAAGUGGACCUCCGAUGAAAAUGUAGUCGGGAAAAUGUAGUUUAAAUAUAUAUCUUAAAGAUGAACAUCUAGUUUUCUCAA